AUGGGGAAGUACACGAGGAAGUGCAGCAGAGGGGUCGGAGAACUCGCGGUGAUGGAGGUGACCCAGGUGGUUGGGGUGAGGACGAGAGGGCAGUCCCACUCCCUGGCCGACGCGGCCGCUGCCGCCGUCAAGAGUCCAAGGCGGAGGAGAACGGCCGCGCCGCCGUCCACGGAGGUAGUGCAGACGUCGUCCUACCUCCAGCUCCGCAGCCGCCCCCUCUUCAUGACGAUCCGGAGGCCGCGGUUGCAGGCAGAGUAUUCCCCCGCCGCCUCCGACCCCGGCCCUGCUGCGGAGGGGAUCUCCCAGUGCUCGAGCAACGGUUCUAGCGAGGUGGUGGGCGACGGGACGAAAGUCGAGGUUCUGGGGAGUUCGACGUGCAACUUCAAAUCUAGAAGGGCGAGGUUGCUGUGCUUGCAAUUCUUUAAUUUUUCGCCCUUUUCUUCUUCCAUUCUGCUUUGGUUUACACGUCUUUAUCUCGACUCCGGUAGAGAGACGACCCCCUCGAGCGUGGCACGUCGCGAAGCGGGCGAUCUGGAAUCGACGGCUGCGAGGGAGAGAAUGAGGUCGGGUUCGAGUCCGACGGUUGGGGCGACAACGACGGAAGCCGAAAUCGAGGAGUUUUUCGCGGCGGCGGAGACGGAUCAGGCGCAGCGCUUCGCCGAGAAGUACAAUUACGACGUUAUCGGCGACGUUCCGUUGGACGGCCGCUUCGACUGGGUUCGGAUCAACCUUUGA